AUGCAACGCCUGUCGUUUAAAGACAACAUUCGUGCAUGUGCUGUUUGCAAAACAUGGCGAGAAGCUUGUGUUUCCGUUCGUGUUGAUGAGUACCCGACACCAUGGCUUAUAAGCUACACUUUAGACAAAGAAGAAUACGAGCUAUACGAUCCAUUACUUGAUAAAACAUAUAUUCGUAAGUCAACAUCCCCUGAUUUACGCGAUCCAUUCAUUGAAUGUUCUACAGACGGUUGGUUACUUAUGCACGAUAACAAUUUCAUCGAGACCUUCUUUUUCAAUCCGUUUACACAUGAACGCAUUGGACUGCCUUGGCCUGAUAUGUGGAACACUCAGGCAUUAGCCUUCUCAUCUGCUCCUACAUCGAAUGGUUGUGUAAUAUUCUCGGUCUUCCAUGUCACCAAGAGAUCCGUUAUCAUCAAAACAUAUUGUCUUGAUACUAAAGAGUGCACUGCGUUUAUGUUCCCGCAUCGGUUGCCUCUUAAAGACGGAGGAUUCGAACAUGUUGUUUUCUCCAAUGGUGUCUUCUACUGUCUUGCCAGCAUAGGUUGGCUAGGAAUGUUUGAUCUAUCUACGACUUCUUGGAAUGUUCUUUCUCGACGGGCUCCUAAAUGUGUUAGCCCAAACGAUCGCUUCAUGACAGAGUAUCAAGGAGAUAUCUUCCUUAUAUAUACGAACACGCAUGACCUUGAUGAUCAACCGAGAUAUCUUAAACUAGAUCUUGCAAACCAGAAAUGGACGGAUAAGAUAAGGUUGGGAGGUUUGGCGUUUUACUUGAGCUCCAAGUCUUCUUUGACAGCGAAUAGGGACUUAUUGUAUAACCAGCAAAUGCAUCAACGUUGUAUUUGCAGUUAUGUCUGGGUUAAACCGCCCCUAAACGUCUCAGAUUUGUUCAAAUCUUAG